CCUGGACGACGCGAUGAAGAUCAAGAACACGGAGAUUGCCAAGGAGCUGUGCUUGCCGCCAGUGAAGCUCCACUGCUCGAUGCUGGCUGAGGAUGCGAUCAAGUCGGCCAUCAAGGACUUUAGGAAGAAGCGCGGAGGAGAGGUCAUCCACAGCGAGGGCGCCAAGCCUACCGCUGCUCAGGCCUUGGCGUAAAAUGGAGGAAAACGGCUGGCGGGCAUGUGCUGUGGGGGGUUUCUUUUUCUUCUUUUUUCUUCUUCCCCCUUUCUUCACAAAGAGAGGCGGGGGAGUGGCAUGCGAAAGGGAGCGUAUCGGCAGCGCGAGUGGUCAGCAGAUACCAGGGCACACAAAGUUUUUUCUUGUGCCUUCGUAUCGAUGAGUCAGGUUGAAGACAUUGGGCGGGAUUUACGCUCCGCCUUCAUGCCAGGCUCGGCUCAACCCUUUGCCCUCGGUGCAAAACAAGCGCACAUGCCUAUCGUCUGCACCUGGCCCUGCUGGCUCCCCCUGUUCAGCGCACUCACACGAGAGGUUUAAGCAGUAUCUUUCGAAUGUAAAGUAUUUAACUUUUUUCUUUCUUUCUAUUCGA